AUGAUCCUAGAACUACAGAAAUAUAAUUUUACAAUCAAAUACAAGAAAGGAGCCGAAAUUUAUGUAGCCGACACAUUGUCCCGGGCACCAGAAGACUGUCACUCUCAGAGCUGCGUCGAAAUCUACAAAAUCGACAAAGAAUUCAGGCAAUUGAACAACAUUAAUGACAUCGAAGAUAAACCCAUUAGUACCAAAGACAACGUUAUGCAAAUUUUAAUAAAGACGAUUAAAGACGGUUGGACCGAGGACAAGUCAAAAGUGAACGACAACAUCAAACAAUAUUGGAAAGUAAGAGACGAGUUAAUAACAAACAAUAAUUUGCUUUUUAAAGGUAAUCGACUUGUAGUACCACCACAAAUGAGACGCGAAAUAUUGAACAAACCACACCAAGGCAUGGAAUCAACACUAAAACUGGCAAGAGAAACCGUUUAUUGGAUAGGCAUUACCGACGAAAUCAAACAGAUGAUCCAAGCCUGCGAAAUAUGCAACGUAGAUGCAAGACUACAGCAACGAGAACCACUAAUAAUUCCCGUGAUUCCCCGCACUCCAUUCGAAAUCAUUUCCAUGGACGUCUUCGAGUUUCCGACAAAAAAUAAAACAAAAUAUUUUCUAAUCACCGUGGAUCACUAUUCAGACUUUUUUGAAAUCGAUGAGUUAGAUAAUUUGUCAGCCACACUUAGUAGACAUGGUGUACCCGGCAAAGUCAUUACAGAUAAUGGGACCAACUUCAUGAACUCAGAGUUCAGGAAAUUCGCAGACAAAUGGGAAUUCAAUCAUCAAACGUCAAGCCCACAUCACCAACAAGCUAAUGGGAAAGCGGAAGCAGCUGUAAAGAUCGCGAAACACCUGUUGAAAAAGACCUUAGCCACGAACUCGGACUUCUACAAAGCAUUACUAAUUUGGAGAAAUACACCAAACAACAUCGGCUCCAGCCCAGCCAAACGUCUGUUUUGCAGAUGGCUAAGAUGCGACAUUCCGGCCACUAAUCUAAACCAAGAAGUAGUACCAGACGUACCAAAUCAAAUAAAACAACAACGGACAUAUAACAAAAAAUACUUCGACAAAGGAACACAAAAGGAGAAAGAUCUAAAAAUAGGAGACGAGACGAAACACUAUUCACAUAAUGAAACCAAACACCAAGAAACGGAAGUCGCACGAAUCACAGACUCACCUUCAAAUGGCAAACGACCACCUUAUCGAACCACCUCAUCAAAAACCUCAGGAACCACAGCCUCAUCUCCAGGUACCAAAUGA